AUGGCUGAAAAGAGAAAGUGGUCGUGCGAGCAGUUUAGUAUCCCCAGAAAGAAGGAACAAUUGAACAAGGCAGUCACCAACGAGGAAGUCUCGUCUCAAGAAAGCGAGACCCUUUCUUCUUCCCCAGACAGGAGAGACACAGGCAACGAGGAGUGCUCCAGUUCGUCUACCACCACUACGACGAUCGAGGACGAACACCAACAGCUCCCCUACACGGACGAUUUCUUCUCCGAUAUGGCGAAAACAAUUGCGAAACUCUUCCCUUUCGAGGCUUUUGCUAAGAAGCACCAGUGCGGUAUCAGCGAGGUGUCUCAGGCUAUCAGUGCCGUGGUCAUCAGUCCCCUGACAGACCCUGAGUUCGCUCUCCAGAAGGACGAGAAAAACUGGUCGAUCUCUGAAUAUGGAAAACGGAUGAUUGUCUGCUGGAAUGAACAAUACAGACGAAGGCUCGAGGCCAAUGCUCUCACAAAAACUCCUUCAAACAGCAAACUUACGAAAACAAACGCCGAAAACAUUUCGAAGAGCAUAAGCCCCUCCGACGACAGCGAUGUUCCGUCUUCACCUUUAACCCAUGGACAUCCUCAGCUCCCGACUUCAAAAUCUGCCAAAGACCACAAUAGUAAAACCAAUCCCAUUGAGAUCCUGGAAGAAGAUGAGCCGAGCCUAGGAGGUGAAAAUUCGAGUUUGGGUGAAGAAAAAUCACAUCCACCUCAACCCGCUACUCCCAAGCCAAAGCGACCUCCGCUGCGACCGGCAAAGAGAAGCUGGCAGCCUCCUACACCAGUUGUUAGGCAGCACGUUCGGCGAGACUGCUUUGGAAAUUUUGAGCCCGUUCCACCCGAAGAAGAGAUCAUGACUGCCAAGCGCCGGAGGUUAAAUGAAGAAGGGCGAUUCCAGCGGUUGUGGGAUGGCUCCAAUGCCGGCAGAGGUGAUUUUAGAAGUCAGUAUAGGGGGAAUGCAACAUUCUUCGAUGGUGCCUCAGAUGUGGAGGCUGAGAAAAGGAAUAGCCGCCAAUCUUUUUGA